AUGCGUGUCCCUCCGUUUUCACUCAGGCGCCACUCGGACCUGCUAGAGGAGCUCAUAGCUCACGCUGAGGCCAGACCUAAUGGCGUUGGCGAGGGGUUUAGCGAAUCACAUCCUAUAUUCCUUCCAUCGAACGUUGAACUCAAGGCUAUUGAAGCAUUCUUCCGUCGCAUCUUCGGUCCCGGACGGAUGGAGGAUGGGACUCAGAACGACCACCCCGCCACGAUAUCCGAUAUCAUAUCUAACCUCAAGCUCUCCCGCUACCUGAUGUCCCGUGUUUGUUACUUUGAGGCAGUUAACCAACUCGAGUCAGUGGCCGUCAGUACACUGGCACAGGAUUGGCAGUCAAUGUGGACUCCUCUCACCCGCAUUGCUGUUGCAAUGGCCUGUGGCGUCAAGAAGUGGCUGCUCCUGCCAGAGACAUAUAUGUCAUUGCUCACUAUGCCAAGUGUCAUGUGGCGCUCACCCCAUCUUCAGACUAUUCUUUCGGGUGUUCAUGACGUUCAACGGCUUGUCUUGCUGGAGAAGCAGAUUGACCGCAUACGUUUUCAUUGCGCUCAUGAGUCUCCCUUCACACUUCGACCUGGCCCAAUGUGCGAGACAGUGAUAAAGUGCCAGGAGGCGUGGGAUAUGGCUUGGCGCAUAAGCUUUGCCCCGAACCUCAUUCAACGCGACUUUCCCAUGUCUUUGCCCAGCUUCGCUGAGGUGAUACUUUUGAAGGCCACCUCGAAAGACACCGGCCUCUGUUCAUCCUGCCAUUCAUCCAUGCUCCGGAGCGUCAAAAGUGAUCUACAGCGCACCCAGCGCAUUGGAAUAUCUGCCGCGGACGAUACGGAGGAGCUGGAUCCUUAUUUUGGAAAGGAAUACAUUCUCCUUCGAGGCAAGAUUGAGGAGUUCUGCGCCGUCUAUCCUGCGCCUCAUUGGAAGGAACCUCAGAUCAUUCAGACUUAA